AUCGAAAGCAGCCGGUAUUUAAUGUCCCUCCAUAAACAAGUCCCCCUUUCCGGUUCCGGUUCACGCUGUAACAGCUGACGAGAGAUCUGCAGUGAAACCUUUUCGCUCAAAAGUCUCCAAGAAAACACGUCGCCAUGAUUAAAGAGGACGCUCCGGGGGCGGCGGAGGAGGAACAGCAGGCCCAGUCAAAGAAAGCCCAGAAGAAACAGCAGAAGGAAGCGGAGAAAGCGGCAAAAAAGGCUGAGAAACAGGCCAAGCUGGCCGGUGAUCAGAAAACUGUGGAGGAAGAUGACUUUGCCAAGGAUCGUUAUGGUGUUACAGCAAUGGUCCAGUCCCAAGAGAAACUGGACAGGGCUUUGGUGCUGGUCAAAGACCUUACUCCUGAGAGGGCUGACAAGUUGAUCUGGCUCCGUGCCCGCGUUCACACCAGCAGGGCCAAAGGGAAGCAGUGCUUCUUGGUGCUGCGCCAACAGCAGUUCAACGUGCAGGCGCUGGUUGCAGUGGGAGAUCGUGCCAGCAAGCAGAUGGUCAAGUUUGCCGCAAACAUCACCAAGGAAAGUAUUGUUGAUGUGGAGGCAUCGGUGAGGAAAGUGGAUCAGAAGAUUGAGAGCUGCUCCCAGCAGGAUGUGGAGCUGCACAUUGAGAAGAUUUUUGUCAUCAGCCAGGCAGAGGCCCGUCUCCCCCUGCAGUUGGAGGAUGCCGUUAGGCCUGAAGGAGAGGGGGAUGAGGAGGGCAGAGCUACGGUCAACCAGGACACCAAACUGGACAACCGAGUGAUUGAUCUCAGGACCACCACAAGCCAGGCCAUCUUCCGUCUGCAGUCAGGAGUGUGCCAGCUCUUCAGAGAGACCCUCACCAAAAAGGGUUUUGUGGAGAUUCAGACACCUAAAAUCAUAUCAGCUGCCAGCGAAGGCGGAGCCAACGUCUUUACCGUGUCUUACUUCAAGACCAGUGCCUACCUGGCCCAGUCCCCCCAGCUGUACAAGCAGAUGUGCAUCUGUGCGGACUUCGACAAGGUCUUCUGUGUGGGUCCAGUUUUCAGGGCCGAGGACUCCAACACCCACCGUCACCUCACCGAGUUUGUGGGUCUGGAUAUUGAGAUGGCCUUCAAUUACCACUACCACGAGGUGAUCGACUCCAUAACCGACACCAUGGUUCAGAUCUUCAAGGGGCUGAGAGACAACUUCCAGACUGAGAUCCAGACCGUGAACAAGCAGUUCCCCAGCGAGCCCUUCAAGUUCCUGGAGCCCACUCUGAGGCUGGAGUACAGCGAGGCACUGGCCAUGUUGCGUGAGGCCGGGGUGGAGAUGGGUGACGAGGAAGACCUGAGCACACCCAAUGAAAAGCUUCUUGGCCGCCUUGUCAAGGCAAAGUAUGACACCGACUUUUACGUUCUGGACAAGUACCCGCUGGCUGUGAGACCUUUCUACACCAUGCCUGAUCCCAACAACCAGAAAAACUCCAACUCGUACGACAUGUUCAUGCGUGGCGAAGAAAUCCUGUCCGGAGCCCAGAGAAUCCACGAUGCUGAGAUGUUGACUGAGCGGGCCAAGCAUCACCAGAUUGAUCUGGAGAAAAUCAAGGCAUACAUUGACUCCUUCCGCUACGGCGCCCCCCCACAUGGCGGUGGAGGCAUUGGGCUGGAGAGAGUCUGCAUGCUGUACCUGGGGCUCCACAACGUGCGCCAGACCUCCAUGUUCCCCCGCGACCCCAAACGUCUGACACCUUGAGUUUUGCCAGCUUGCCUUCUGGAGGACGCCACACUGGUGAUGGGUAACUACUAAUUCACAAUGAGGGGAAGCGGCUGGUGCCACUUAGACACUAACGUACAACGGGACUCACUACUGUAUCCAUCCUUCAACAAGGAACAGUCAAGUUAGGUUGCACUCACAGUACUUCUUUUGGUCAACGGGAGUCUUAAGUCCUAACUACCUCCAACUAACCAUGGUCUCCUGCAGUAUGUACGACAAGUGUUUUUUUUAAUCAACCUAGAUCAUAAAAAAUGUUUUUUAACCCAUAAA